AUAUAAAAAAAAAAAACAAAAAAUAAAUAAAUAAAUAAAUGUGAAUUUUUUACAUCCUUAAAUGUCAAAAUAUGACUCAAUAAUAAUUAAAUAUUUUUUGAAUGACAGCUGUUAUUUAUUAUCAACAAAAACAAAUAAAUAAAUAAUUUAAAAAAAAAGAUAUGUUUAUAAAUCAUAUCUAUUAUUAAUUAAUAUCGAAAAAAUAAUAAAUACUGUCAUUAAAUUGUUUAAUAAUCUUAAAUAAUAAUAAUAAUUUUGUUUUUUUAUUUAAAAUGGUGCUAAAUGAUGGUCCAGAUGUUGAAACAACUGGUUGUGGUUUCAAUGCAUUUACUGAAAUUGAAGAAAUAAAAGAUCUGAUAAAUCAGCUAAAAAUGACUGAUUUAAAUGACAGAAAAAUUGAAUGGAAUCGUGAAAAAUUUAAAUUUAUAUUAUCACAAUAUCAAGAACAGCCUCAUUUACUUGAUCCACAUCUUGAUAUUAUUUUAAAUCCAAUGCUUGAUAUGAUAAAAGAUGAUAAUAUAUCAGAACAACAAAAACAUAAUGUAUUUAAAUACAUGUUUACAUUAAUGAGUGUUAAAACAUAUAAAAAAAUAGUAACACAUUUACCACAUGAAGUUAUUGAUUUACUACCAGUAUUACGUUUGUUAGAAAAACAAAAUCCAAAUGAUUUAGAUACUUGGGAGACACGUUAUGUAUUAUUAAUUUGGCUAUCAAUAAUAUCAAAAAUACCAUUUCCUUUAUCACGUCUUGAGACAUCAGAUAAUGUUAAAAAAACAGAAACUGUAUUAUUUCGUAUACUUGAUAUUUGUAAAAUAUAUUGUAUGACUAAAGAUUCAUGUCCAGUUGCUGCUGUAUAUUUAAUUGCAAAUUUUUUAACACGUUCUGAUGUUAAAUAUCCAUAUCUUGAAGAAAUGAUUGAAUGGUGUUUAAAAUGUUUAGAACAAGAUAAAGAUUGUCAUGGUCCAUUAGCUGUACUAGCAUCAAUAUUAAAACAUUGUGCACGUCAAGAUUUAAAGCCAUAUUGUCAAAAAUUAUUUGAUAAAAUAACAAAACUUGAAUUAUCAAAUAGUUCUGGUAGUCUUGUACGUAGAUAUGAAAUUAAAGUUGUACAAAGAAUUGGUUUUGUAUUAUUAAAACCACAACUUGCUGCAUGGAGAUAUCAAAAAAAUCAACAAAAAAUUGGUUUAUUAUCAAAAACAAGUGGUAAUGAUAAUGACAAUGAUAAUAAUAAUGUUGAUGAUGAUAUAAAAAGUAAAAUUGAUGAUAUAUCAACAAUGGAAAUUGAUGAUCAAGAUAUACCACCAAUAAUUGAAGAUAUUAUUGAACAAUUAAUACAAGGUUUACGUGAUAAAAUAAUAACAAUAAGAUGGUCAGCAGCUAAAGGAAUUGGUAGAAUUGUAUCAAGAUUACCAGUUGAUUUAGCUGAUGAAGUUGUUGGUUUUGUAUUAAAUUUAUUUACUGGACGUGAACAAGAUUCAGCAUGGCAUGGUGGUUGUUUAGCACUUGCUGAACUUGGUAGAAGAGGUUUAUUAUUACCACAUCGUUUAGAUGAUGUUAUACCAGUUGUAUUAAAAGCUCUAGUAUUUGAUGAACCACGUGCAUAUGGUUCAAUUGGUGCAAUAAUACGUGAUGCAGCAUGUUAUGUUUGUUGGGCAUUUGGACGUGCAUUUGAACCAAAUGAUUUUCAACCAUAUGUUAAAAAAAUUGCAGCAACAUUAUUAAUUGUAACAUGUUUUGAUCGUGAAAUUAAUUGUCGACGUGCUGCAUCAGCUGCAUUUCAAGAAAAUGUUGGUAGACAAGGUAAUUUUCCACAUGGUAUUGAUAUAUCAACAACUGCUGAUUAUUUUGAAGUUGGUGUUAGAAGUCAUGCUUAUCUUAAAAUAAGUGUUUAUAUAUCAAAAUAUGAAGAAUAUACAAUACCAAUGAUUGAACAUUUAGUUAAAAAAAAAAUUGGCCAUUGGGAUACAGCAAUACGUGAAUUAACAGCAAAAGCAUUAUCAAAUUUAACAUCAUCUGAUCCACAAUAUAUGAUUGAAACAAUAUUACCAACUCUCAUUGAUAAUUUAAGUUCAAUUGAUUUAAAUGUACGUCAUGGUUCAAUUAUUGCUAUUGCUGAAAUUAUUGAAGCACUUUAUUUACAUUAUAAUACCAUUAAUAUUAGUGAUAUUAUUGGUGUACCAGAACUUGAAGAAAUUAAAAAAAUUGUUAAUACAUUUAAAUUACGUGGACAAUUUAAAGGUCUUGGUGGUGAACUAAUGAAACAAGCAUGUGCUGUGUUAAUACGUAAAUUAUCAAAUUGUCAUUAUCCAGUACAUGAAACAAGUAUCAUUGAUGAUUGGCAAAAUUUACUUGAAGAAUGUUUAUAUCAUGAAGUUGCAAUUGUUAAAUUAAAAUCAGCUGAAGCACAUACAUCAUUUUUCAAUGAAUAUUAUUCAGAUAAAAUAAUAACAAAUGAUAAAAGAAAUAUUAUUAUAAAUAGAUAUCUUGAUAAUUUAAAAUCAAAUAAUCAAAUAAUAAGAAUUGGUGUUGCUGAAGCUAUUGGUUAUUUUCCAGUAUUUAUACUUAAAGAAAGAUUUAAUGAUAUAUUUAAUGGAUUAAAAUUAUGUUCACAAAUAACUGAUGAUACAUUAAGAUGGGCUGAAAGUAGAAAAAAAGCAUUAAAUUCAUUGACAAUGAUUGUACAGACACUUGGUGCUGAUAACAGCAAUAUUUGGAGCAAAUAUGUAUCAGAAUUAUAUGAUUGUUAUUUAUUGGCAUUAAAAGAAUAUACAAUUGAUAGUCGUGGUGAUAUUGGUGCAUGGGUACGUGAAUCUGUUAUGUCAGGUUUACAUAUAUUAACAAUUUUAAUAUCAUCAGCAAAUUUAUCAUCAUCAUGUUUAACGGAAUCAUUGAUGACUGAAAUUAUUGGUGGUAUUGCACAACAAGCUGUUGAAAGAAUUGAUCGUACACGUGUACAAGCUGGUACUGUAUUUUAUGCAUUAAUUAAUUGUCAACCAAAAUUACCAAAUAUUCCAUAUCAUGAUGAAUUAAUAAAAAUAUUUACGAAUGAUAAUUCAAAUGAUGAUAUUAAUUGGAAUAAUGCAUCAGAUAUAUUUCCACGUUUUAUUAAAAUGCUUGAUUAUCCAGUUUAUGUUGAUAAAAUUUUACGUGGUAUUAUAUUUAGUGUUGGUGGAUUAAGUGAAUCACUUGUUAAAUAUUCAUCAGUAUCAUUUUUUGAUUAUUUAAGUGAGCUUAAUGAUGAAAAACUUGAUGAAUUAUUAAAUAAAAUACUUGAUAUAUUUGAAGAUUGUCAUAAACAAGAACGUAUGAUAACAUCAAUUAUGGCAUUUUUAGAUAGACUCAUGAGUUCUGGUUGUGUACAAUCAAUAUUUGAUGAUCCAGAUAGUAAAAUACCAGAUAGAAUGUUACAAUUAUUAAAGAAAGAAAAAAAAACAAUUACAAAUACUAAACUUAUCAUUAGUAUUAUCAAAGUAUUUUGUCAACUUUUACAGGUCAGAGGAGCUGUUGGUAAACAGGCAUUUUUACAGCUCAGUAUAAUGCUGUGUAAUAAAUUUCAAGGUAUAAGAAAAGCAACUGCUGUUAGAAUGUAUGAAGCAUUGACAUUGUACGGUGAAGAUAUGGAUUUAAGUGAUGAUAAUUUAAGUAAAUUAUUAACUGAAUUAAAUGGCACUAGUUGGGAACAACCUGUUGAUAUUUUACGACCAAAAAGAAAUUAUUUAUGCGAGUUAAUGGAUGUUGCACCACCAGUACUUGUUAAAAAAACAGCUUAAAUUAUCUUUUAAUAACUAAACAUAAAAACAAUUUAUAUAAC